AGCUAACCCAUUUGCUCUCCUCAAAUAUUCCACUAUGCCUUCUGCAAUGAUUCUCAUCGCCGAUGGAACUGAAGAAAUGGAAUUCACGAUCACAUACGACACACUCGUUCGGGCAGGCGUUCAGUGUCGUUCUGUCUUUAUUCCAGAGCCGAAAUUCUCCGAGUUUGCAGGCUCUUCGAGCCCUCCCAUAGUCAAAGGAUCCAGAGGUAUCAACAUCAUGCCCGAUGCGUACUUCGACGCUAGUCAAUGUGGUCCUGACAAGUUCGACGUCAUGGUCAUCCCCGGAGGUGCUAAAGGAGCAGAGACAAUGUCACAAAAUUCACAAGUGCAGACCCUAGUUCGAGAUUUCUUGGCCCAAAAGAAACUAGUGGGGAUGAUCUGUGCAGGGAGUCUUUCUGCCCUUACCUCCGAUCUUCCUAAGCAGCCUUUGACAUCUCAUCCUUCUGUUAAAUCAAAACUUGUCGACAAUUUCGAGUACUCCGAAGACGCUGUUGUUAUUUCUGGAAAUCUCAUUACUACGUGCGUACCUCUAUUUUGUGGUGAUUACCCUGAUAUACCUCAACCCUUCUAGUCGUGGACCCGGGACCACAUUUCCUUUCGCCCUGACCCUAGUGGAGCUUCUCUGCGGCAAAGAAAAACGUGCUGAGGUUUAUGGACCGAUGGUGUUCCCUGUUGGAACGCCCUGGUAAUCAUUGAACUUGGUAUCGCGGACGGAUGUACUCUUAGGACUAGACCAUGAGCAAAAAUUGUACAGUAUUUCCCCCUGUUCAAAUGCUGCAACAGGCGUAACACC